AUGGUACUUCCCGUUAGUAAAAUCCAUGGAUAUGCACUCCACGGCUCGCGAUGGUCCUCGACAUUCAUCGACAGCGACCUGCGCUCACCUUUCGAAGAGGCCAGCUUUGGGGAGGUCCCGCACACGAUCCCAUUCCUCGCCCAACCUUUGACCAGAGAGAUUCGCUGCGACGGUUUUCGAGGGGUCAUUGAUCUCAACCUGAACCAACUCGUUGGCCUCUUCGCCAAGAUUGAUGUUCUUUUGAUGAAGCCCGCUUCUCUCUUCGUCUCUUGCCGCUUCUACUGGGACAGCAUAUGGUCCGACGACUUCGUGAUCAACCGAGCGCAGGACAACCAGCGCCUGACAUUUCCCACCUUCGGGUCGAACGCCGCCAACAGGGCCCAGAUCCUGCAGAAGGUGAAAUUUCCCUUGAUGGUACUAUUGAGGAACAACACGCCAGUCCUGUUGAGCGCCAGGAACAGAGAUAACCCUGCCAAGGUCUUCUUCAUCAGCUACUUGAAAGCCCAUGUUCCCGAGGGUGAAUUUGACACGCCAGUUGCGGUCGAGUUUCAGAAGGUCACGUAA